UGUUUGGUUAUUGUAAAGGAGAAAAAGUUACACAAGCGCCAGGAUUUUGUAACGCACACUUUAGCUACUAUAUAAUUGUUGCCACUCGUUACUGUGCCACUAGUGUCUGCUUAGCUUUACAUCGGAGUGAACAAACCGAGCGCUGAAUCAAAGAGCUUUGUUUUUUUAAUCAACAAAGAUAGAAUAAUCGAUCGUUUUUUAAUUAUACAAGGACUCUACCAACAUUCUUAUAUGUUUGCAUUACUGAAAGUGAAAAUGAAAUAAAUUUCAAGCUACCGGGAUGCAAUUUUGAUUAAAUAACAGAUAAAACGCGAAACGGGUUGAGGUCUAGACGGGCUCGAGAGAUUUGGCUAGUGACAACAAGAUAGAAGCGCGCGCUUAAAAUAUGGAGUUGAAUUCAGUGAUUUUGACCACUGGGUCUUCGGUAGGCUUUUUCAAAUUAGUAAAUUAUGGAGUCGGGAAACUUCCCAUCCCCGAGACAGCCCAGAGGAACGUCUGGAAAUGGAAAAACAUCUCCACGUCUUUCGUGCACAGUCUCCUCACUGGAGUGUGGUCCGUGCUUUGUUUUUGCAUGCAUCCCCAGAUGGCUGAGGAUUUGAUAGAAACAUACUCCGUUUUCUCUCACGCCUUGGUAUCUGUAUCAAUCGGGUACUUUAUAUAUGACUUCUUUGAUAUGGUUAUCAACCAGAAGAUCAGUCAUUCAUGGGAGCUCCUUUUCCACCAUGUAGUGGUGAUCACCUGUUUCGGGAUCUCUGUGUUGACCUGUAGGUAUGUGGGUUUUGCGGUGGUGGCUCUAUUGGUGGAGAUCAAUUCAAUCUUUCUGCACCUGAGGCAAGUGCUCCGCAUGGCCAGCCUGGCCAAAAGUACAUUUUACCGCGUCAACAGUAUGAUCAACCUGGGCACCUAUGUAGUGUUUCGCAUCAACACUCUGGCCUGGAUGACCCGCUGGCUGGUGCUAAAUCGUGACCUCAUCCCCCUAAUCAGCUACACCAUCGGCAGCGUGGGUCUGGCCAUCAUGACCCUCAUGAACAUUGUGUUGUUUUACCGCCUGAUGAGAAGUGACUUCAUGAAGUCCAGCCGCGAGAAGGAUGUGAGGAAAGAGAAGGAGAAAGAAAUGUAAGGAGAGGACUCUUCCCACUCCAGCUUCAGCUCCAACCAAAUCCACUCUUAUCGCCACCAUUCCCAGACUUUCGGGAAAAAGUUCCUUCCAACCCACUGACUUCAUUCCUGUAACACCUGAUUGUCGACUAGAUCAAAAUGUACUCAUUUUAUAGACCUCAAGCUGUGCUAAGAUUAUGAUGGCUGUUGUCACACGUUUACAGUUGUCUGACAUGGAUGACAUAUAUUGACACAUGCAACUUUAUGCUCAAAUACUCCUGCAUGAUUUAUACAAUGAAUCAAAACAUUAUCAAUUCUAA